AUGAAUGACCUUAUGAAGCAAUUGGAAUGUCCGGCCUGCAAUAAAUACAUGGUACCACCCAUAUUUCUCUGCGAGAAGGGCCACAACAUAUGUUCCGACUGCAGACCAAGACUUCAGGGAUGUACGAUUUGUCAAUACCAAUUCAUCGACUCCAGGAACGUCGACUUGGAGAACCUCGCUCGCAACAUGCAUUAUCCCUGUGUCUACAAUGACCUUGGCUGCUUUGAAAUGUUGCCCAUUGAACAUAUAUCAAGACAUCAAGUGAUGUGCCCACACCGUCCAUAUAUUUGCCCGCUCGCUCAGAUCCCAAAAGUACAGUGCCCAUGGGAAGGGCCUCGUACUGACGUACAAGGACAUGUGAAGGAGAUUCAUGAUCAAUACAUCGAUAAAACAGUUGUCAAAAAUGUUGGUAAAGUGCAGUUAAGUGAUAUUGAUAAAGACUUCACUUAUUCCAGAGUUGUAAUUAGUAUGGGACAUGUGUUUCUGUAUCAUCUUGAAGUUGAAAAUGGAGAGUUUCACUUUGCGAUGCUGCUAGUGGGGCCAAAGGAACUAGCAUCAGGGUUCCAUUACGAGAUAAAAAUAUGUACGGAAAAUGAGAUGAUCCUUAUGAGGAAUGUGGUGUGUAGUAAUGAAGAAGAGAUCGACGCCAUAUUUAGUUCUGGGAAAUGCCCAAGUCUUCAUCUGAAAGCCAUUAAGAAUUUUGUGACUGAAAAUAAGGAACUCUAUUUUGAAGUAAAGAUUGUCGUAGCAGAUAAAUCAAAGGACAGAAUUUGUUGUUCUGUUAUGUAA